ACGUCAGUCAGCCGCUGGGGGUUUCUGUCUCAAAGGCUUUUUAAGGGUUGGAUACAGUUCAUUAUCUGACCACAGUUUUACAAUAGGAGGCAGUGUGGAGCUCCUGUCAGCAGAGAUCAACAAGUCAGGCCCACGACACGGGUGAGUAGCAGGGUCACCAUGGAGAUCAACAGAUCAGGCCCACGACACGAAUGGGUGUAUAAGUAGAGACAGAGGACACUGGUGUGUUAAGUGCCCUGUUGAAAAUGAAGGCGGCUAUUCUACAGCUAGUGCUGCUCGUGUUGUCUGCCUUGGGCAGCGCAUCCGAGAGCUCCCCACGUGAAGUUCAGAGUGAGCAACCGACUACUGUCGAGCUGGACGUCUCUGCUGAGCUCUCUUGUCUGAGGGACAUGGUGACGGAGUUCAGGGUGGAGCUGUCGGCCACUCAGGCUGGGUUACAGUGCAGCUACACCCAGCCGAACAGGAUGGAGGCGGAGAAUGAAGAACUGAAGUCAAGGCUGUCUGUCAGUGAGCGUGAGGUGGAGCACCUAAAGACUUAAAGGAUGCGUGGACAUGGAGAUGAGGAAGGAACACAAGUUGAGUACAAAAUGGAUCAACAGACUGCUCAACAGGAGCUGGAGGGACAGGGGGAGAUACCCUCUUCACUGCCAGGUUUUCAUCUUCCCAAGAGGCUGGAGGACAACUCUCCCUGCAGACAUGCAGGAGUGGGUCAGCGAGGCCUUUCUCCAGAGCCGUCAUGGCCACACUGCGCUGGUGACGCCAGUCAAGUUGUGGUGGUACCCGCCAGCACCCCCGGCUGCCCCACGCCAACCCCCGUCCUCCCCAGCCCUCUACUUUGCCCGUCCACUGUUCCUGUGGUUCCCCUACCACUUCUGGCACUGUGCUCUACUCUGCCCGCGGCCCGAAUGCUCCCGGCUGGGCCGCAAGCUGGCCGGGGCUGGGUUCUACAAGACAGUGCGGCGGGUGCUGGACAUAGACGGGUAUUAUUAUGUGGCAACAGAAUACUUAGAAUGCAACAACUGCCACACAAAGGUGGCGGCCUGGUCCAAGGAGGUGUUGGGGCAGCUGGACAGAUGCCUGCAGCUGCAGUUCCCGGCCAUCCUCACAUACAAGCUGGCUUGCGACAAGAAGGUGGUGAAGCUGCUCCGGGAGAAAACGGUUGGGCGUUCCGUCAAGGAUCUGCUCAGGUAUCUCUCGGAGCAGCAUCACCAGGCGUGGAUGAGCCGGUGCCUCCACUAUUUGACAGCCUGCAGCUUCUCCUCCACCUCCACAUCCACCUCCACCUCCACCUCCAUCUUCGCCUCCACAUACACAUCCACCUCUGCAUCCACAUCCACCUCCAGCCUCUGCUCCAGUGGGCAUCAUCCGGUACUGCCUCCGCCGCCGAUGAUCCCUCUGCCCUCGGUGGAAUGGCUGAGCACCUUCAUUGGAGUUCAGGAUGAGUUUGAGCACCUUCCUGGAGCCCUGAACAGGCUCUCCCAGAGGCUUCUAAAAAGGAAAUUGGUCGUAGGUGCAGAGCACAGCUCAGAUGGGCCUGGUUGUGGCUCCUGCCCCAAGUGCCCUCAGCCUGCAGCACCCGAUGGCAUGUCUCCAACCCUGUAACUUGCUAUGAAUAAGAAGAUUGUCAAAGAAGAUUGUUAAAAGCUAUGAAUAAGAAGAUUGUCAAAGAAGAUUGUUAAAAGCUAUGAAUAAGAAGAUUGUCAAAUUGUCAGCUGGCAGAACUGAUGUCCGGAGCAUGGAUCCACACCUCAAGAGAGAUCGGUGGGAGGCACACUCUUCAGUGGCAGGUGCAGGUCGGCCAAUGGCUCAUGGCCGUUCCCCAGGCGACUUGAUUGGUCACUCUGUUCAUAGUGGCCACAUUCUGGGGUGCGUUUCCCAAAACUAUAGUUGCUAACCUGUUAGCAACUUAGUUGG